AUGGCUCCCCCCACAGCGACGUACACCUAUGAAGAGACGAACCCCACGGGCCCUGAACCGGGCUUCGACACCGCAGACGGGCAACCAGAAGGCACGGCCCCCAACGAACCCAAGUUGACCCAGCACGGAGCCCAAGCCCAGAUGCAAAAAUUCCCCUCCCCACCACGCUUCACCGACAAGUACGAAGAGAGAGCAUACCUGAAAGGCCGGCUCGCACUGGCGUUCCGCCUCUUCGGCAAGUAUGGCUUCGACGAGGGCGUCGCGGGACACAUCACGCUGCGCGACCCCGUCGACCCACACACCUUCUGGGUCAACCCCUUCGGCCUGGCCUUUUCGCAGAUCAAAAGCUCCGACCUCAUCCUCGUCGACCACGAGGGCAAGGUCAUCGACGGCGGGCCGAACAGACUCCUCAACCAAGCAGCCUACAUGAUCCACGCCGCCGUGCACAAGGCUCGACCGGACGUCAUGUGCGCCGCCCACAGCCACAGCAUCUACGGCCGGGCCUUCUGCGCCCUGGGCCGCCCCAUCGACAUCAUCACGCAGGACUCCUGCGCCUUUUACAACGACCUGGCCGUGUACAAGCAGUUCAAAGGCGUGGUCCUCGCGAAAGAAGAAGGCGAGAACAUUGCGCGUGCGAUCGGAAACAAGAAGGCCUGCCUGUUGCAGAACCACGGCCUGUUGACGUGCGGACAGACCAUCGAGGCCGCGCUGUUUUGGUUUGUCAGUCUCGAGAAGUGCUGCCACGCGCAGCUGAUGGCCGACGCGGCCGCUGCAGGCCGAGGUGGUGAGACCAUCAAGAUCGAUGAAGAGGAUGCGGCGUUCACGUAUAAGAGUGUGGGCACGCCCAGGGCCGGCUGGUUCAGCGCGAAGCCCAUGUUUGAUGUUAUGAUUCAAGAGAUUGGCGACGAGUAUUUGAAGUAG